AUUAAAAAUUAUAAUAUUUUUAUUUUUACAAAUUAUUUUGAAUAAUGGCCACAAAUUCAUCCACGUUCACGGCAGAUGAAGAAAGCAAUGGCCAAUCAUGGCGAGGAUCUACAAUGAGAGAAAUUUACAAUAAUAAAGGUCCUUUUGAUUGGGAUCCUGGUGUAAUAGAUCCAUCCAAUGAUCAUGAUGUAUUAUUUUUGCUACCAAUACCAGAAAAAGGUCCUCCAGAACCACGAUUUACAUCUGAAUCUAAUUCUUGGAGUCCUGAUUAUGUUCGAAUGCCAUUUCCCGCCAAAGAAAAUUCAAAUCCAGUUUCACAUGAAGAACCAACAGUAUUCAAAAAUCGAUGGACAUUAAUAAAAGAAGCAUUAUCACAACCAAUACAUUCAAGUAAUGAUUUACAACGUGCAAUAUUAGCUUACAACAAUAAAUACGAAGAUCAAUGGCAAUUUUACACUCUUCAUCAUUUUUUCAACAAUGUAUUAGAUGAAGAUGAAAAUGAAUACUUUUUUAAAAAUCUUUUGCCAAAUAUAAUCAAAUUAGCAUUACAAUUACCAGAAUUAUUACCAUCAUCCAUUCCAUUGUUAAAAAAGAAUAAAACACAUACAAUUAGUCUAACACAAUUACAAAUUGCUAGUUUAUUAGCGAAUGCAUUUUUGUGCACUUUUCCAAAACGAAAUAAAAAUGAUCCUUCUGAAUUUGGAACUUAUCCACCGAUUAAUUUUAACGGGCUUUUUCAGUCUACGGAAUACCAGAAAAAACGCAUAAAAGUUAAUUGUAAUAAAUUAAAAUGCACAUUUAAUUAUUUUCAACGAGUUAUUACAAAGAUUCCAGAAGGUGUAGUUACUUUUCAUAGACAAUACUUAAAUCAAUCUGAAUUGCCUCGAUGGCAUAAAGCUGAUCAACUUUUGUCACCGCUACGUAUUCAUAUCGACGAUACAGGAACAAUUGAAGAUGGCUUAGGACUAUUACAAGUUGAUUUUGCUGACGAAUUUAUUGGAGGAUAUAUUCUUGGAAAUGGUUGUGUUCAGGAAGAAAUCCGUUUUGCUGCAUGGACGGAAUUGAUUGCAUCAUGUUUAUUUACUGAAAAAUUAGAGGCAACUGAAGCGGUAAUAAUUACAGGUGUGGAACAAUACAAUACUUGGACUGGCUACGGUGAUACAUUCACAUGGACCGGUGAUUAUAAAGAUACAACACCACGUGAUAUAUUUCGACGUAGAAAAUCUUAUUUAGUUGCAAUAGAUGCAACAAGUUUUUCUCGAGCAACUGAUCAAUAUAACAUUUCACGUAUUUUAAGAGAAUUGAAUAAGGCUUACGUUGGAUAUUAUACAUCUACACAAAAUAAACCAAUACCAGCUGUUGCAACAGGAAAUUGGGGCUGUGGUGCAUUUAGAGGGGAUCCUUACCUAAAAGCAUUGUUGCAAAUAAUGGCUUGUCGACUUGCUGGGCGGGAUAUUGUUUAUUAUACAUUUGGCAAUACUUCGUUGCGUGAUGAAUUAUAUUCAUUAUUUACUGCGUUGACAGAAAAUAAUAUUACAAUUGGUAAGUUAAACAGGAUAAUUGAAACUAUCUAG